AUGCCAAUGCAGCUCUUCAUCUUGGGCCCAGCAUUCGGGCUGCCAUCAAUUGAUGCCGAGUGCAAUGCUACCGUUGCGUUACUCCAGCUGCGCGCCAAGGAUGGCUACCAGAUCAUACCAACCCACCAGCAACCGCACCGUCUACCGCUUUUGAUCGAUGGCAGAACGCGAGUGUCCGGCUUCAGCGACAUCGUCCGACAUUUCGUCAACAAGCGAAUCUUCAACAAGAGUUCGCUUUUGAAUGCCAAGCAACAAGCAGACUCCUUUGCGAUCUCCUCUUUCGUCGAAUGCAACGCGCAGACACUCUUGGACAUCUCACUCUAUGUCGGUUUCGAGAACUAUCGCCUAGCCACGCGACCCGCUUUUACCAAGAUACUGCCAUGGCAUGCGAACUACAUUGUGCCGCCUCAAAGACGUGCUGCUGCGCGGACACGAACAGAGCAUCUGGGGAUCUCGAGCAUCGAUGUGGACAACGUGCAUGAGGAUAUGAGCAACAGACCUCCUGGCUUUGAGGCUGUUGGGAAAGAUGCGACAUUUGAGGCAGAGACGCAGAAAAGGGCAAGCUUGCUACUGCCUCGCAAAGAUACCCUGAGAAGCCUGUUACAGCGGCCAAAGCACGCUGCCGUGUUCAAGCUACACGCUCUGGCCGAGAAUUUCUUUGAGCCGUUACAAGACUUGCUGGAAGAUAAUUUGUAUAUGCUUGGAGGACAAGAGGCCACAUCUGUGGACUGCCUACUCUAUGGAUACCUUAGUUUGAUGCUUCAUCCAAAGCUUCCACAAGAUUGGCUCGCUUCGAUUCUACGGCGCAAGUAUACAAAGCUGGUCAAAUACAUCGAGCGCCUCCACGAAGUCCUCAAUCUUGAAACGAACUCAGACGAAGUCAUGGCCCUGUCUAGCACAGGUCAUCAAUCCCUUCCAUGGCAAGCAACCGCCUCGUCAAGCAUACUCCAAAGUCUUGAUGAGAUACAUCACGGAAUUAGAGACCAGCUGCCCGUCUACGGGACGUCUGAUCAACUUUGCUUGUUGCAUUCGAAGCCGUUCGCUUUUUUCCAAAGGGAUCAUCGAGCCUCGAUGCUCACCACAUGCGCUUUUCUCGCAGCCAUGGGAUAUAUGACGCUGCGCAUGGGUUGGGUGGUUUGGCCUCAUGGGGAUGAAGUACAGAUUUUUGGCCGCAAAAGACUUGCUGAUUACGGACACCUCGGAGCCGCUCUUGCAGGUGUCAGUCUCUUGGGGUCGCAAACUGGUCAUGGCACUUGA